AUGUCGGGAAGUGGACGAAAGAGCGCGUACCGUAAGGGCGUCACUAAGCGCGUGCUGUACGGUGACCCAGAACCCAAGGAGAACGAGCUUAUCGUGCGCGUUACCGCACUGCGAGGCAGCAACUUGUUCGAGGUGGAGGACGCCAAUGGCGCAAAAUCUGUGACGAUGUUGCCGACCAAGUUCCGCAAGCUCAUUUGGGUCAAGCGAGGUGACUUUUUGAUUGUCGGUGAAGGUGAUGGUGGUGAGACCACGACUGCAACAGGCAAGAAAGGUGCCGUGACUUCCAUCGUGGAGCACAUUUUGUACAAAGAGCAGAUCAAAAAUCUCAAACGCAAAGAACUCUGGCCUGCAACGUUUGAUGACUCCCCCACGGGACCGGCGUGGACGCAGGGAGACAAUGUUAACGAUGAUGAAGAACAGAAGGGCGGGGAAAACGACGACGUGGGUGGUGAAAACGCUCAACCGUCUGCUGGCUCCUCGUCAAAGGGACUGACGAUGGCCGAGGACCGUUUUGCCAUGAUGCACGUGAACCGGAAUCGCCGCAAGGGCCACUUUGACGAGGAGGAAGAAGAAGACAGCGACGACGAGUAA